CUCACCUCCCUCUCUAAACGCUAGCCAAGGCCGGCGGCGGAGGCUUCUUGGCCGGCCCCCUCCCCUCGGCUCUGUCCCUCCCACUCCAGGCAUGAAUGCUGAGACGUGCGUCUCUUACUGUGACUCUCCGGCGGCCGCGAUGGACGCCUACUACAGCCCGGUCUCCUCGCAGAGCCGCGAGAACUCGCCUUCCUUUCGGGCAUUCCCCGCGGCUGACAAGUUCAGCACGGCGUUCCUGGCGGCCAAGGGCCAGAGCUACGGCGAGGCCAAGUGCCGGGGCCGCUACACCCCGCAGCAGCCGCCGCCGCCGCCGCCGCCGCCGCAGCCCCAGCAGCAGGACGCGGCUGCGCCCCUGGAGAGCGGCGCGGGCCAGGCGCAAAGCGGCGCCGGGCCGCGAGGCUCCUUCAGCAAGUACCCGCCGCCGCAGCCGCCGCAGCCCCAGCCUCCAGCGCAUCUCUACCUGCAAAGGGGAUCUUGCAAAACGCCCCCGGACAGCGGCCUGAAGCUCCCAGAGGGCGGCGGCGGCCACAACGGGCCCCUGCAGGUCUCCUGCUACGCCAAAGAAAGUUCCUUGGGAGAAACUGAGAUAGCACCCAACUCUGACCCAGUGGGGAUGGACAGCAACUACCUCGGGGUGAAGGAGGCUGGGGUGAAGGGUUCCCAGGACAGGGCUGGCACAGACCUGCCCAGCCCCAUGGAGAAGGCCGACUCGGAAAGCAACAAGGGAAAAAAGCGACGGAACCGUACCACCUUUACCAGCUACCAACUGGAGGAACUGGAGAAGGUCUUCCAGAAGACCCAUUACCCAGAUGUCUAUGCCCGAGAGCAGCUGGCCAUGAGGACGGACCUCACCGAGGCUCGGGUGCAGGUCUGGUUCCAGAACCGACGGGCCAAGUGGAGGAAGCGGGAGAGGUUUGGGCAGAUCCAGCAGGUUCGCACUCACUUCUCUACAGCCUAUGAGCUACCCCUCCUUACCAGAGCUGAGAACUACGCCCAGAUCCAGAACCCGUCUUGGAUCGGCAACAACGGAGCGGCCUCGCCGGUGCCGGCCUGCGUGGUCCCCUGCGACCCGGUGCCCGCGUGCAUGUCCCCCCACGCGCACCCCCCCGGCGCCGGCGCCGGCGUCUCUGACUUCCUCAGCGUCUCGGGGGCCGGCAGCCACGUGGGCCAGACGCACAUGGGCGGCCUGUUCGGGGCCGCGGGCCUGGGCCCCGGCCUCAACGCCUACGAGCUCAACAGCGAACCGGACCGGAAGACCUCGAGCAUCGCGGCCUUGCGCAUGAAGGCCAAAGAGCACAGCGCCGCCAUUUCCUGGGCCACAUGACAGGGCCCCGCCCGCUCCCCCUCCCCGUCCCCCCGCCUCGGGGCUGGCCGAGCCCCCGGACCCCCGCGGUCCGACUCUCCCGCCGCCCGAGGCCCCGCAGCCAGGGGAGCUUCGGGAAGGUGGGCCAGCGGGCGGCCCGGGGGCGGGACUUUCUGCCCCGGCCUCCGCCGCGCUCCGAGGCCCUUGUCCCAAGGCAGUAGAAAAAGUCCUGUUGCCGAGUCCCGAAGCCAUCGGGAACGGAGACCCCCUCUCCACAGUCUGAGCCCCCGGCCCCUCCAAGCAGACUCCCGUCCGUCCCGGGCCAGCGGGGGCCCUUCCUCUCUGGGCUCCGUCUGGCCCCAAGCCUGAACGCCUUCUUUUCCCGGCAUUCCCCCCCCCCCGAUGGCUCUCGGGUUCCCCCGAGACGCCCCUGUCCCCCACUUCUCUCCCUGAAGCCGGACGGGCGCCCGCCUGGGAAACCCCGGGCUCCCGCUUUUCGCUGCUGCCGUCGCGUUUGCCGAAGCCCAGACUGGGAACCUGAGGGUCCCUUCCAUUGGAUGCCCCUGGGAAGGAGGGAUGGGGGGGGUCGGGAGGGAGGGU